AUGUCUGUGAUGUCUUCAGUAUCGGAGGUGGGCCCUGCCGACGCAGAGGCUGCUGCCGCACAGGCGGCCCUGGCCACCGCCCACGCCUCAGGCAACGCUACCGAGACAACGCAUAACCAUGCAGACACACACGAACACAGCGGAGGCCACGGGCACUCGCACGGGGCUGAUGGUGAGUCUGGUAGUACGCACGGGAUGGCUGGGUUCGUGAUGGUGGCUGGUUUCCUAUUCCAAAUGCUUGUCGACAAACUUCUGCUGAAACAUGGCGGGCACGCGCACGGGUCAUCUACUGCGGAUGGCUUUGCUAUGGGUGCUGCCUCGGCUGCGGGGAAUAGUUCGGUGGAGCUGCUCGUGUUUGCUGCUAUUAUGCUGCACAAAGGGCCGGCCGCGUUUGGCCUAGUAGCCUUCUUACUAUCGGAGGGUUUGGACAAACGAAAGGUGAAGGAGUACCUGUUAGCCUUCUCGUUUGCCGCUCCUGUCAUGGCUAUUGUGACUUUCGUACUCAUCAAAGUCACAACGUCUCUGGAUGCAAGUACGGAACUGGGCCCGGGUUUCGGGUUCAGCGAUACUUUAAAGUUAAUAGAGGGUGAUGCGAACGGAGCGGCCAUUCCUCAGGGAGUGUCUGAGAGCCAGCAUGAUCAUGCGCACGAUGCACAUGGUGCCGAAGCCACACAACAGACCAGUUCAUCGAUCAUUGGACUGGCGCUGCUAUUCUCCGCCGGAACGUUUCUGUACGUGGCGACGAUACACGUGCUUCCUGAACUGACAUCCAAACAUGGUAGGUAA